AUCGACGAAUGCUUUGAGCCCAUUAGGUGGUCGUGUGAAACACUAAUAGUGUUUGUGUCACGUGUCUGGUUGAGAGACUGGGGGGACAGACGCUUUAAAGACCGCGCUCCGGUCAUCUCAUUCAAGCUGCAAGACUGACAGACAGAAGCAGGGGAGCGAAGUCCACAUUCCGUGGGAUCACCACCACUAAUCCGGUUUGAUGAAGCUUGAAGAAAAGAAGUAGGCUAAACUAUGAGAAGUUCCUCUCCACACGCGUAAUUACGCACGUCAGUCCUUUUUCUAUCUUUAAAGGUACUUCUCUAUAAAGGAUGCUGGACCCCAAGGACUGUGGAGUGACAAUGACGUCCAGUCAUAAGAUUUCCUUUUCUAUAAUUGAUAUAUUGGAUCCGAACAAAUUCAACAGCAAACGGGUAAACGAACUUUCCACCGUCAAUGAGAAGUUUCUUGUGCCAAAUGAAGAGGGGACAAGUCUGGUGUCGGACAACACUGCGGGCGGAGACUUCAGAGUUGAGAGCGGGAAAGCAGGGCAAGAGACAGGAGAUGAGUACUCUGCGGCCUCCGUGCAUAAUGCAGUUGUCGCUGACCCUCUUCUGCUUUCCCAACCGGCUGAAACAGAGCCCUGUCUCACCGCCGAGCGGGACGAUGGAGAUACAGCGGUCAUCCUGCAUGACCCCUCACCACACAAGCGGCGGCGCCCCGACCAGGCCUGCGCCAAACCACGGCGCGCCAGAACAGCGUUCACUUACGAGCAACUGGUGGCUCUGGAAAACAAGUUCCGCACAACUCGGUACCUGUCUGUGUGCGAGAGACUAAACCUGGCCCUGUCCUUAAGUCUGACUGAAACCCAGGUCAAAAUUUGGUUUCAGAACAGAAGGACCAAAUGGAAAAAGCAGAACCCCGGUGCGGACAGCACCUUGCAGCCCGGCUCCAACUCCCUGGUCAAUGUCAGUCCAAACCCUCCCACCUGUGGGUCAAACCCCGCCAGCUUCCACCAAUCUUUCCCCAACUUCAGCUCUGGAAAUGUGAUCUUCCACACGGCCGGUGGUGUUCCGCUUUCAUCCACUGGAGGGCUCUUGCAUCCCUUCGUGUCCAGUGGUUUCGUCCAGCCGACUUAUUUUAAUCCACAUCUAUGAAAGGAGUCAAGACUGAAGUGUUGCAGCUGGUGAUGCUUUGGGGCAAAUCGUUAACAGUUGCUUUAAUACCAUUUUAUUCUCUACAAAGGGAGGACAAGAAAGGCAUCUAUUUGUACAAUAUUGUGUCUUUCCAUCACCAUAUUGUCCAACUGAUUUACCUUGAAGGGAGUUUAAACAUUAUUAGAGUCCAAGUAGUCUUAGGACCUUUUCCAGUACUUCAACAUCAGAACAAAAGGCCAAAAUGAGUGAUCUGUGACUGAGCCCAACAAUUAUUAAAACAUAUGCCUACAGUGCUCCCCUAGAGUGUCCUUGUGUUUCCUGAAACACCUGCUCAUUGAAGGAUCAUACAGUAUAAUUUUCUGUGUAUUGUCUUACAUCUUAAAAGUUGGCAUAUUACCAUCCAAUACCCAGCUGUGUUCCCACCUCUCAAAGGCUUGCACAGCUUAUGUCUGUUGCAAUUUAUAUAACAUUAUCAGUGUAACUUAAUUAA